AUAUGGUUCGCUGUUUGAUGCAUAUGAUGUGUGGUUUUAAAUCGCGUUUUUUGUUUUUAUUCAUGCUUUUGCAUUUCGAUAUUAAUUUAGUAUGAAUAAUGCCAUUUAUUGCCUAAAGUGACCUGUAAGUCAUUAUCUAGCCUCAAGUUGUGAGAGCAGAGUUAGGCUUCAUUACAGUACAGUUUCGUCCUGUAAUUCGCCAUAAAGAUGAUAUAAACAAGAAAGGAAUAGACUGCAUUGUAAGCCAAGUCAACGAUAGCAGGGAUUUAGAAUAAUGUAAAAUUAAGCCUCAGUAUCUCUAUGAGACUUCAUUAUAUUACAAAUACCACUGGAAACCAAAAACAGACCAACGUACUUUCUUCUUUUAAAAAUGUUAUCUUAAUAUAAUCUAUCAGUGUUAUUUUAGAGUAUCUUUAAAUAUUCUUAGUACAUUUUGUCUAUUUAUCUAUGAAGUAAACAUGAUUUAAUCUUCCACCUGAAGAAUGAAUCAGCACGACGGUUUCAUAUUUCAUAUUUUACUUGUACACACAUUGGAAAUGAAGCUGUCACAUACAGUCUUGCGAAUUGCAUGAUUGCGUGGCAUCUAUGUCCCCCUCAUCCUUUACAUCUACAGCUUUGCUUGGCUAUAGGCCGACCUCCACGCUGCCCUAGAGUUUAGACAAAUACUCAGUCUGACGCAAAACAGUAACUACCCUAGGUCUGGCAGCACGUGGCGCGGGGGGAAAAAAGCACAUUAGAAUAUAAACAGGAACAGAAAGAGGCUCGAGAACACGGACGGCAGCCUUGCGCAGUAAAUACCCAAGACGGGGCUGAAGCAGCCCUCGCCGGUCGCGAGAAAGUAGCGGUGCGGCGGACUGACGUCAUAGGUACGGAUUCAGCGCGAGCUGAGCGGAGCCAGCAGCUUUACUGAGGAUCCCCCGCGUCGCCGGAAAGCAUCCCACGGCAUAACGGUAAGGAGAUACAGGGAGCUUCGCUAGGGGCUUCGGCACGCCGAAAGCGAACGGUUGCCGGUGAUGCGCACCUCCUGGAUGCUGGCGCAGCCCCCAGCAUCCGCGGUCUGUGCGUCUCUCUCCUCCUCUUCUUCCUCCUUCAGCGCCUGAUCACCCCGAGCUGUGCACAGUAACGAGGCGCGCCGACGUCUGGGGUAUUACCGGCGAAGGGGAGACAUUCCCUGGCAGCAGAGAUAAGAUGGCCACCUCCUCCUCCAAUGUGGAAGAAGAUGAGAGUCUAAAGGGCUGCGAGAUUUUCGUGCAGAAGCAUAACAUCCAGCAGAUCCUGAAGGAGUGCAUCGUGAACCUGUGUAUAGCCAAGCCCGAUUGUCCCCUGAAGUUCCUGCGGGAGCAUUUCGAGAAGCUGGAGAAGGAAGAAUGCAAACAGAUCCUGGCGCGCCAGAAGUCCAACUCGCAGUCAGACUCCCACGACGACGAGGUGUCCCCGCCCCCCCCGAACCCAGUGGUAAAAGCCAGGCGCCGGCGUGGUGGAGUCAGCGCCGAGGUUUAUACAGAGGAGGAUGCUGUCAGCUACGUCAGAAAGGUGAUCCCCAAGGACUACAAGACCAUGACGGCUCUGGCCAAGGCCAUAUCCAAGAACGUGCUCUUCGCUCAUCUCGACGACAACGAGAGGAGUGACAUAUUUGAUGCCAUGUUCCCUGUCACGCACAUCGCUGGAGAGACCGUCAUUCAGCAAGGAGAUGAAGGGGACAACUUCUAUGUGAUCGACCAGGGGGAGGUGGAUGUGAGUAAAAACACGAGUGUCUACACUGGUCACGCUGACGGAGCGGUGUCCGGCGACUCGGAGAGGCAUGCCCUGCGUUACCAGCCGCUCUGCCCUCCCCACCCCAGCCGCUCCGCACCUGAGCAUCCCCAAGGUUCCAUCUGGGACUCAAGCCUCCAGCAGUCCCUCUGA